GUUAAAGAAAAUGAUAAAAAAUUCCAAAGUGGAACAUUCGAUAAUGGGUUCCGAAGUUAUCAGUUGGGUAAAACUUCGUGGGACACCCUGUAUAUACUCAUAGAUCACUUGGAUACAAAAAGGCGUUCUUUGUGGAACCGAAUGUCUCCGAGGAAAUAGCUCCGGAGCUUGUGACUCUUAACAACAGAGCAGUGUUCCAACAAACAUGUUUUCGAAUGCGUUCCCACAUGUGUCACAUUUGUCAACAGUCAAUUUCCGUUUUUGGCGUUUUGCGUUUUUUAUUCGUUUUUCGUUUUCGUCCUGGGAUUGUUGUUGUUGUGCUUUUAAGUUAAAUUUUUUCAUCAUGGAAAACUUGGACGAAAACGAUUUUAUAGAAGUCGGAAAUGAGUAUAGCGGCAUAAACAAUCAUUUAUCCUUAAGGGAAAGCGCCGAGGCCACUGCUAGACGUCGCAGCUCAAAUAGGUCGAUAAAACGUAAAAAAUUCGACGAUGAGCUUGUCGAGUACAGUCUCGGAAUGCCAGGCCUGUCAUACAUAAAGAGUGGACGAACCACUGGCAGAACCCAGUCGUUCUCUACAGAAUUGGCUCCUAUAAGUACACCUUCCAUUUCGAUUCCUGCUCCUAUACCUGUAGCACUAGCUGGCCCGUCUACUUCUACUCAGCCACCGCCACUUGUCGAAAUGAAACCAAAAACUACUCAAAGAUCAAUCCCGAGCUCCUCCAAGAGUAAGAAAAAAAGUACCCCCAAAAGUCACUUGACCACCAAAGAUUUGGGCCGUUGGAAGCCAGUAGACGAUUUAGCUCUCAUCAUCGGCAUUGAGCAAACCAAUGACAUAGACAUCAUUCAUUUGGGCACCAAGUUUUCUUGUAAAUUCACUAAAGAGGAAAUCUCGUCGCGUUGGUAUGCGCUGUUGUAUGAUCAUGCAGUGUCCAGGGUGGCUGUUCAGGCUAUAAGGAAUCUACAUCCAGAGAUGAUUGCUGCUGUUCAAAGUAAAGCUUUGUGGAGCGAGGAAGAGGAAAAGAUAUUGGGGACCAUUAAAUCGAAUUCCAAUCCUACUUUGGAAACCUUCACCGAUCUAUUAACUCGACACCCAGUAGAAUUUUACAGAGGAAGGACACCAAACUCACUAUAUCACCACUGGCAAUCUUUACACAUGUAUUAUUUAUUGCCCGAUCAAAUAGAUCAAGCCACGGCACCAGGCCUACAAACAAUGAAAUUCGAAGAAGCAGAAGCUCUAAUUCAGGAUUCCGAUUUGCAAGAUCCUCCUGACGAGGCUGUGCAAAGAGAAUUGAAACUACAACAGAGACGGAAUCUGAAAGAAAUUCGUCAACUAGAAAACGAGGUUGGAAGAUGGAACGUGUUGGUGCAUACCGUCACUGGGCAUUGUCCUGGUGAAUUUGAACAACAAACUUUGGCAGUUUUGAGUGGUCGCAUGGUGCGGUUUCUGAUGAGAUCCAGGGAAGUUACUAUUGGACGCUGCGGUAAAACCUCCAAGGUCGAUAUCGAUUUGGCCUUGGAGGGUCCAGCCAAUAAGGUGUCUAGAAGACAAGCGAUAUUGAAACUGACGGACACAGGAGAGUUUUAUUUGUAUUCUGAAGGGCAGCGGCCAGUUUUUGUCAAUGGUAAACCUGUUGAGGCAGGACACAAAGAGCGGCUCUACCAUAAUACUGUAGUGGAGUUUCAUACUUUGAAGUUUAUUUUUUUGAUUAAUCAAGAUUUGAUUCGAACCAUACAUACCUAAUUAUAAUGUGUUAAAUAUAAUUCAACUACUUGGAAGAAUAUUUUAUUUAUGUACCUACUGUAAUAUUUGUAAUAAAAAAUAAUUAUUUGUGUUUUUUUUUUUUAAUAAACAAUUUUUUUAAAUUCUUCGUAU